CAGAGCCUGUCCUCAGUCCUUCGGAAGCCCCGGCGCCAGCCCGGGCCCUUGGCGGAGAGGAUGACGGAGCUGCAGUCUGCACUGCUACUGCAAAGACAGCUGGCAGAACUCAACAAAAAUCCAGUGGAAGGCUUUUCAGCAGGUUGAAUAAAUGACAACGAUCUCUAUCGAUGGAAAGUCAUUAUUGGUCCUCCAGAUACAUUUUAUGAAGGCGAUGUUUUUCAGGCUCAUCUCACUUUCCCAAAAGAUGAUCCCCUUAGGCCUCCUAAAAUGAAAUUCGUUACAGAAAUCUGGCAUCCAAAUGUUGAUAAAAACGGUGAUGCAUGCAUUUCUAUUCUUCACGAGCCAGGGGAAGAUAAAUAUGGCUAUGAAAAGCCAGAGGAACACUGGCUGCCUCUUCACACCAUGGAAACUAUCACGAUUAGUGUCAUUUCUAUGCUUCCAGAUCCUAAUGGAGACUCACCUGCUAAUGUUGAUGCUGCAAAAGAAUGGAGGGAAGACAGAAAUGGAGAAUUCAAAAGGAAGGUUGCCCGCUGUGUAAGAAAAAGCAAGAGACUGCUUUUGAGUGACAUUUAUUCAACAGCUAAUGUCAGCCUCCACCCCAGAACUUCCGCUCCCCGCUCGCUGCUGCACGUCUCUCCUCCGUACUCCCUGAGUGUGUACAGCUCAAUACGGGCAGCAGGGGGCGCUGCCGGCGUUGGCUGGAGAAGGCGGGCCGUGCCUAUGCCUGAGGUCUCCUUCCUCUCAGUCUGCGUCUCUGCAGGGGAGUUAGCCCUGCCGCAGGGGAGUGGCAGUGCAAGGGCCGAGCGGCUUGUCUUUUUGGUGGUAGAAGAGGUUCCCCGGCCCCUGGCCGCCAGCUUCCACAGGCCUGCAGGUCUCCAUCAGCUUCUGCAGUUGGAAGAGGCUGCCUGCAAGACCCAGGCCAAGAAGAGGAUCCUUAGUGGGAGAUGCCAGUGA